GUUUUGUUUACUUUUCACAGUUCGACGAUUGGGCAUGGGCAUUGCAUUAGGUUGAAUUUGAAAGGAUGGAUUCUCCUCAGGAGAGACGGAGAAGGGGCAGAGGCCAGCAAAGACUGAUUGGGCGGCGUCCCAAAGGCAGCAAGGUUAAGGGUGGCCAGGAUGCAUCAGGAGAAUCAAGUGUUUCUGACAGUGGAGCUGUAGUUACAGACUCGGACACUUCAUUACCAACUUCAGAUGCCGAUCGUAGACAUAAACAAUGCCAGAAGUCAGUAAAUGAUCCACAUCUCUGCUCUGAGUCUGACUAUGUAUCAGAAACAACAGCAUCUGAAUGGACGGUGAAUGAAACAGACUUAGAAGAGAAAAGGAAAAAGAAAAGAAAAAUGCGAAAGAAGAGGGCAAAGUUGCAAUAUCAAAGGAAAUAUUCCAGAAGACAAGUUGGUAGUUAUUCUGAUUCUGAUGAAGAAGAGGAGGAGGAUUCUGAAGUAGAUGUCACAGGAAGUUCUGAUUCAGAAGAAUUUGUAUUAAGUCAAUCAAGUGAUAGCAGUGAAACAUCAGUUGAGUCAAACCUGAGCACUAAUUUGGAAGAAACUACCAGUCCAGAUCCCACUCAAGGAGGAGCGGAAGAUGAACAAACUCAAUCAAAGGAUGGCCAAACACCUGAGAACCCAACACCCAAGACAACAGAAAGCAGUGAUUUUAUGCACUCAUUAUUGAAUAACAUGAAGCUUCUGGUUCCUGAUGAUUGGCAUGCAGAUCUUUGGGGCGAAACAAUGAGGCUCUAUACCAUCAGCCAAAGCAGUAACCCAUCGGUAGAACGAAGCAUUAUCUUCAGUAACAAUUCCAAAAAAUUCAGUGUCUUCAUUCAUGGAGUUCCUUUAAGUGGACAGAGCGCAAUUUUACAAGACCGAAGAGGCGUUGAUGUACAAAAUAUUGGUGACUUAUCUGAUUUUCUCCUUAGUUUGUUAUCUAAAGUUGCUACUGCUGCUGUGUGCUCUGGUAUCCACACUCAUACCGAGAUUUGGGACUUUGAAACAGGAUAUCUGGACUAUAGUGAAUCAUUUGAAUCACCCUAUUUCAGAAGUAAGUCCUGCUCUGUUUUAAUGAACGCCACCAAGAGAUCUGAUCAAUGUCCUGCCGCCACCUUUUGAAAAAAUUAGAAAGGGAGCAGAAGAGAAAAGACAAGGAGAAAGGAGAUCCGUUCUCUGCUAGAGACAAAGACCUUUCCAAAGCUGGGAUAAAAGUGAAGAAAGACAAGUAUAAAAAAAUGGCCAAACAAGAGAAGAAGAGAGCUG